UUAUGCCAAACAAAUGUGCCACCUGUGAUAAAAUGUAGAAAAUUCUACCUUAUUUAAACUCAAUUCUAGUUGUACGCUUAGACCUCUUUUACAUGGCGAUUUGUGAGUCGCGAUUCACGUUCAAUACACUAUAUUUGAAGUUAGAUUCAAAUGGGACUUGCGAGAAUUGCCAUAUGAACACUCCCAUUGAAUUACACGUAUAGUCGCUAUCCAUCAAACGCGAACAGCCGUGUAAAAGACGGCUGUUAUACAGACCUGACAGACAUUGCAUCUUAUGUAUUUUUCUGUCUCAGGUUUGGAGCUUGGAGCGUUCUAACUAUGUAAUAAUCCUUCUGUAAUAACUUCACGGUUUUCUUGGCUGUGGUUUUGUAAAAUGAAUACAUUUAAACGGGAUAAGAAGGAGGAGGAAGAUGGUGGAGGGAAUCCUUUCCAAAAUUUGGAGAAGACAACUGUUCUCCAGGAAGCACGUACCUUUAAUAAUACACCAGUUAAUCCAAUAAAAUGCGCGCACAUUCUUACAAAACUAUUGUACCUGUUGAAUCAAGGAGAACAGUUAGGGACAAUGGAGGCCACAGAAGCGUUUUUUGCUAUGACCAAAUUGUUUCAAUCCAAGGAUGUUAUGCUAAGACGUUUGGUGUAUCUAGGUAUCAAAGAACUCAGUUCUUUGGUGGAAGAUGUGAUCAUAGUGACCUCUAGUCUAACAAAAGAUAUGACUGGAAAAGAAGAUUUGUAUAGAGCUGCAGCCAUAAGAGCAUUAUGUACUAUCACGGACGCUGGAAUGUUAGCAGCUAUUGAACGAUAUAUGAAGCAAGCUAUCGUAGAUCGUUCCCCUGUAGUUUCUAGCGCAGCCUUGGUUUCCUCAUUACAUUUGACCAAUGUAUCUGAAGAUGUGGCACGCAGAUGGGCAAACGAAGCCCAAGAAGCAUUAAACUCCAACAAUGUAAUGGUUCAGUAUCAUGCUCUAGGUGUUUUAUAUCAAGCUCGAAAAUCUGAUAAACAUGCGGUAGUUAAGUUAGUUGCAAAACUUAUGAGAACCAGUCCAAAGAGUCCUUAUGCUGCUUGUAUGUUGAUUAGAAUGGCAUGUAAAAUACUGGACGGAAGCGAAGAAUUAGUAAGUUUCCUGGAAUGCUGUUUGCGACAAAAAUCGGAAAUGGUGGUGUACGAGGCGGCGCAUGGAUUGGUGAACCUCACCAGAGCCGUUUCUAGGGAAAUAGCUCCAGCCAUUAGUGUUCUUCAACUGUUCUGCGGAUCGCCUAAACCAGCUUUAAGAUUUGCAGCAGUUAGAACGCUGAAUAAGGUUACAAUGCUCCACCCAGCGGAAGUUACAGCUUGUAACCUGGACUUAGAAAAUUUGAUCACAGAUUCUAACAGGUCGAUUGCUACGCUAGCAAUCACCACUCUUUUAAAAACUGGUGCAGAAAGUUCGGUAGAUCGAUUAAUGAAACAAAUUGCUACUUUCGUAUCCGAAAUCUCGGAUGAAUUUAAGGUCGUAGUUGUUCAAGCCAUAAGGGCUUUAUAUCAGAAGUUCCCCCGCAAGCAUGUGGUUCUUAUGAAUUUUCUGUCUGCUAUGUUAAGAGACGAGGGAGGCCUUGAAUACAAGGCAGCAAUCGCGGACACAAUAAUUGCUGUUAUGGAAGCAAACGCCGAGGCAAAGGAAGCAGGUCUGGCACAUCUCUGUGAGUUCAUCGAAGACUGCGAACAUAUUUCCCUUGCUGUCCGCAUUUUGCAUUUGCUAGGGCAAGAAGGACCAACUUCCAAGCAGCCAUCCAGAUACAUCCGUUUCAUUUAUAAUCGCGUGAUCCUGGAGAGCGCCAGCGUUCGAGCAGCUGCAGUCACCGCAUUGGCACGUUUCGCUGCUGCGUGUCCUCCAUUGUUACCAAACGUGUUAGUCUUAUUGUCACGUUGUCAGUUAGACUCUGAUGACGAGGUUCGUGAUCGUGCGGCUUACUAUUGCGCCAUACUCCAACAGCAAAGUGAUCCCACUAUUCUCCUACACUUGGUACAACCUCCCCAUCUGUCCGUGCCUGGUUUAGAAAUAGCCUUAAUGAAAUACGUGCAUACAUCCAUGAAUGAACCAUUCGAUAUUUCUCAGAUUCCUUCGGCACAGACAGUGGACGAAUUAUUGAAAGCUGUAGAUCAGAUAGUUGACAAAAAACGAAGAAGUUUAAUACGAGAACGAUGCGUCAUAGAUCGGUUACUAGAUAUACCACAGUUGGAGGUGUUAAUAUGCAAUUCGAUACUAGUCAAAUCAUCGCCUGAAUUCGAUCUAACAGAAUCGGAGACAGAAUACCAAGUAAAGUGCUUCAAGCAUACAUUUUCGGAUCUUGUUGUUUUAGAAUUCAUUUGUAUAAAUACGCUUCCCCAUCAGUGUUUAGAAGAUGUAAGGGUAGAUCUUUUGCUACUUCAUGAGGGUUAUACGGUUGUCUGCGAAAUUCCGUGUCCAACUCUACGUUAUUAUGAACCAGAAGCAACGUACACAGUAUUAAAAUAUCCAAAAGAUCUUCAAACUAGCAUCACAACACUUCCCGCAUCUCUGCGAUUUACGGCUUAUGACUUUCAUCCUAUCAGAGGGGGACUUCCACCAUAUAAGGACGAGUAUAUGUUGGACAUCGUAGAGUUGCCACUAGCUGAUCAAAUUCGAGGAUUGUCAGAGCCGGGUAUAGAUUUCAAUACUGCAUGGGCAGCAGGCACUGCACAGGGAUACACCAAAUUGGAGGAAACGUUUGUUUUAGCAUCUGCAUCUAGCUUGGGGAGAGCCGUUCAAAUUCUGACUGAAUUUUUGGGCCUGGAUCAGGUAGAUCGAACGAAUCAAAUUCAAUCGGGCGCCACUACGCAUAAUCUGUUAUUGGGUGGUUAUUUCAGAGGUGAUAAAGAAAUUCUUGCACGUGCAAGAUUAGCAUUAUCCGGCACUCAAGUGACAAUGCAAUUAACGGUUCUAUGUUCAGAUCCGGACGUUGCAGAAUUAAUCAUUUCUUCUGUAGAAUAAUUCGAAACCUAAGUGUUUCAUCAUACUUCGGAGUCAGCGAGUCUACAUAUAUGCAUAUAACGAUAAUCUAUGUCAUCACUCAUCAUCAUUUCGAUAUUUUUAGUAUUAUAAGAAUAAGAUUACAUUAACAAAAAAACACGGAGCUAUUAUUAGCAGUUUCUAUUUCUAUAUUUAAUUAUAAAACUAUAUUUUAACUGAGUCCGUUAAGAUCUUCAUUAUUUAAUUACGUAUGCGUACAUAGGGAGAUGUUUUGUUGUAUGACCCGCUGUAUCUUAUAAUCAAUCCAACAUUAAAACGAAUGUAUUUCGUCAUGUUACUUUAUUACGUGACACACAUUAAAUCUGUACAUAUUUCAUCUGUAAAAAAGGAAAAAAAGACUGUUUUUUUAAGAAA